AUGACAGCCAUUAGCGUCGACCGAUAUUUGGCCCUACGUUAUCACAUGCGCUAUCCGAACAUGAUGACCUCUAAACGUGCAACCUGUGUAGCAGCAACAUUUUGGUGUAAAAACGUCAUUUUUUCACUGCUUUACAUUUGGAAGAAAAAUGCUAUUUUUCUUGUUGCAGUCGUCUUUGUUGCCUUAUCAUUUUCAUUUCUUCAAUUACUUACAGUGCAAUUUAUCGAAUCGUUCGACACCAUCAACAUCAGAUUAACGCCCAACAGCAAGCCGUACAGAGUAUGAACGCGGAACAAAAUCUCAAGAUACAAGCGAAGAAACACGCUGCAAACACAUUUAUAUAUUACAUUUGUAUACUUCUUUGUUAUAUACCAGCGGCUGUCUCCGCCCUAAUUCAGGUGACUUAUAAAGAACAUUGGAACAUCAGAUGGUAUUUUGCUGACACUAUUCUGUUCAUGAACUCCGCUAUAAAUCCAUUCUUGUAUUUUUGGCGUAAUCGGGAAGUCUGGGAAGCAGUUUUGAAGAUAGCACGAAAAAGGUUAUGUAAAACAGUUGAGAAAAACUUAGAUAACGGUCAUCAAUGAAAUUGGUGGUUCAUUUGCGAUUUCAUUUUUUAAAGAUCAAGGAUUCACUUGAGACACUCAGGAGAAGAUACUGCCGCAAAAAAAUCCGCGAUCAAGGCAGUUGAAGAAACUACGUAACAUGUUAUGUAAAACAUCUGUACAGAUGGCGAAAACUUAAGUUUCGGUUAUCACUGAAAUUGGUUGAUACAUGGAUUUCGGCGAAGUUCAUUUGCGUUUUUGCCUUCAGGAAAGACCAAGAAGAGCUACAGAUCCUACGAGCAGAUUGCUCUUCAAUAGCUUACUCAGGGGCAGAUAAUGCUGCCUAGAAAGUAGCUAGAAUGUGGAAGAAACAAACAAAAAACUAGUGGCCAAGGAAAAUUUGCAAGAAAUGCAGUUUUCGGUCCCUGUUAUUUUCGCGACCGCUACGAUGAUCUUUCAUCGAACCCAGUAUUUGAAUCUUAAAACAACAGGCAGGACUUCCUUAAGCCGAAAACAAAUAAAACUCCUAAAGAGUCAAACAGUAAAACUUAAACGUUAUUUGACAGAGGAAUAAUUAUUUUUUUAUUCAAAAUUACAGUUUUUUGUCAUACGUAACUUUAAGCGGAUGUGCGUUUCUCCUCUCCUUCUUAGUAUAUACAAUCUGAUUUAACUUACAUUUAAGUGCUUUAAUUUUGUAUUGCAAGUUUUCUUUCCUUUGUUAAAUUAUUUCUUACUUACUUUUCACCCUAUAUCUAAUUGAAAUUCAGUAUCAUUACCAUCUGUUGUGGUUUGGCGAAACAAAUAAUAUGACUGUGAAAUGAAAUGAAAAAAAUUAAUAAAUAUGUCUAUAACAGCUUCUAAUAAUGACAGCAAAGCUGCAAUUGUAAUUUCAGUAGGUACAGCUGUGAGUUAAGUUAGGUAAAACGUAGCAAUUAACUAAACAAAUUCUCAUGGUCUAUGCUAAUAUGUGCCUGUAUGAAAAUUAUUAAGACGUCGAUUUACCUUGUAUUUAAGGGAUGAUUAGUCUAUCAGAUAUUCUUCAAAUAGAAGUUGUCAUUCGUCGAGUUGUAUUUUUGCUCUUCUAGCUAUGUUUUUAGGCACUUGUACAUGUACGGCAAUUUCAUCUCCGAUGGCAAAUAGUGUGAAAUUUUCCGCCAUUUUUUACUACCUUGGGCUGAGCUCGUCCCCAGGGCUUCACGGCGAAUAAGGGUUGAAGAGCAAAUCUUGCCUGUACUCGGGAAUAGUUUUUUUGACAUUUUAUCUCUGUCACCAACAAUUAGACCAUGCAAAAUAAAAGAAUCGAUAAAGAAAAAACAACGCAACAGUAAACACAAGCAAUUAGUUGCAAAAUAGACCUUGUCAUGGUUUUGGAAGCCAUCUUGACGAGUUAGGCAACCGCGUGAGAAAUUGCAGUGUUUGUAUGAGAAUCUAAUGAAGGAUAAUUUCCGUUAAACGGCUCUUCUGAAAAAAAUAUGAAUUGUAAACUAAGGCUACUCAGCAAAGGAUUUUACUAACAAAUUUCGCGGAACUUAACUGUGCUUAAAUGUCUCCAGGCGCUUGCUUUAGAUUUUCCAUAUAUUUGUCUGCAAUUUUUCCCGGGGAAUUUUAGUCGGCAGGAAGAAGAAAUUUUUACAGACAAAUGAACCUCUGAAAGGUUAUAUUCGGUAGCUUUUUACUAAUUAACUGAAGUUAUUUUUUUUUCCUUUUCCGCCAAGUAGCUCUAUAACAUGAGGGAUAAAGAUGAAGCGUGUCAUCCAAGUUCCCACGCUCUCUCACUCUAUUGCUCUUUUCCUUUCUCUUGAGAACGAGGUUGGGCGUUUAUUUCAACUAAUGCGGAUAAUGGGGGGAGGAGGGGGGUGGCUUACAAGCAAGGGGAUCUCAAGUCAAGUGGGACCCUUCCUAAAUUUUCCACCGCCAAUUUUUUUCCUGCAAAUUGGGUUGACGGAUGAGAUAAACCUGACGGCGAAGAAACUUUUCAAGAUCGCUGUAAGAACGACGUCAAGAACAGCCGGACUUGCUGUUUGUAAAAGUAGGAUUUCCAAUUUUAUCUUGUCAGCCAAAAAAUACGAAAAGAAAAGGCCAAAUAAACAAGAAUGCAUGACUGAAGCAGCUGUCUUCCAAUGCUUCCCUGCUGUGUUGGGUUAUUUGUGUUAUGUUGAAUUGAUGUGUUUGCUAAACUAAUUUAUUCUACGUAGUAUCAGGUUUGCUUCCUUGUUGGUCGCUCUGGUCUUCUUUGUUACUAGUGUGGUCGAAAAGCAAGGGAAAAUUAUAGGAGUGAGAAAAGAAGAAGCUCUUCUUUUAAUUUUAUGUCCUUUUUGUUUACGGAAUCAAAGUGGCGGGGUUGAAGCAAUUAAUUCAGUUUGAUAGGCGUAAUAUAUUUGCAAGUUUGACAAAGUGGGGUGCACACCUAUUGGUGAAAUGGGGUCAAUUAGAAAAUGGGCGCUAACUUAAUUGGUACCGUUCAUCAUUAAUUCCAUUUUAAAAGAUGAUCAAGUAUAACUUCUCCUAAAUGAAAAGCCCUAUUAGAAAUAAGUUAAAGAAUUAAAUGCUGGCAAGAUGGUUGUAAUUUUAAUUAAAAUGUAUAACAAUUAUUCCUCGAGCCCGAAUGGGCUCUGAGUCAAUAGCCCGAGAGGCCGAAGGCCGAAUGGACUAUUGACUCAGAGACCAUUCGGGCUCGAGGAAUAAUUGUUUUAGUAAAACCCAACUAGUUGGUCAAAAAUAUCGAGACAAAACAACUUUUAGCUAGUUAAAGCUAGACGUAAAUCUCUUUUUGCGGCCAAAAAUCCGGCGCUCCCCGCUACUAGUAGGCUAUAACAUAUAGCCUAGUAGUAGCUCAACCAAUCAGAACGCAUUGAUAAUAGACCACCAUUGAUAAUAGACAACCAGUUUUAUUAAAAAAUAAUAUGCAGUUUCUCUUUGAAGAGAAAUAGGGGACAAAAUUGGAAACUUUGAGAUGGCAAACUCUACUGUUGAUAUGAUGCCUGGUGGCUUGGAGAGUGACGAAGAAUCCUCGCCUUUCGAGACCUCUGUAAUCAUAAUUAGUGUCCUCAAUGCUCUACUGAUACCAAUAUGCAUCGCUGGCAAUGUUUUGAUACUAGCCGCCGUAUGGAGAAAUCCUUCCCUACGCACUCCGUCUACCAUUUUGCUGUGCAGUCUUGCUGUUUCUGAUCUUUUUGUUGGGAUUCUCCUUCUUCCAGUUAACAUUGCCAUCGCCCGCUUUUAUAUCCUUUCUGGAAGCAGUUCUUACUCACGUCUGUUUCGAGCAAGGUUCUUCUUCACUUUUCAACUCUGCGGUGUUUCCCUUGAAACAAUGACAGCCAUCAGCGUGGAUCGAUAUUUGGCCCUACGAUAUCACAUGCGAUAUCCGAAUUUGAUGACCUCUAAACGUGCAGUGUACGUUGCAGCAACAUUUUGGUGUAAAAACGUCAUUUUAUCACUGAUUAGCAUUUGGAAGAGAAAUACUAUUUUUCUUGUUGGAGUCGUCCUUAUUGCCUUAUGUCUUUUCAUUUCUUCAAUUACUUACAGUGCAAUUUAUCGAAUCGUUCGACGCCAUCAACAUCAGAUUCACGCCCAACAGCAAGCCGUACAGAGUAUGAAUGCGGAACAAAACUGCAAGAUACAAGGGAAGAAACGCGCUCUAAACACUUUUAUAUAUUACAUUUGUAUGCUUCUUUGUUAUUUUCCAGUGGCUGUAUCCACCCUAAUUACGGUGACUUAUGAACCACAUUUGAACAUCAGUUUGUAUUUCGACACUAUUAUGUUUAUGAACUCCGCUAUAAAUCCAUUCUUGUAUAUUUGGCGUAAUCGGGAAAUCCGGAGAGCAGUCUUGAAGAUACUUCGAAAAAUAUUAUGCAAAACAGAUGAGGAAAACUUAAAUAACGGCGAUCAAUGAAGUUGUUGCUUUAUUUGCGUUUUUAUUUUAAGAUCAAGGAUUCACUUGAGACACUGCCGCCCAAAAAACUGACAUCGAGGCAGUUUUGAAGAAACUACGUAAAAUGUUUAAGUUUCGGUGAUCAAUGAAAGACCAAGGUUAGCUAUCCUUCGAGCUGAGGCUACAUUUUCCGGCUGUGUAAACUGGUCUGCAACUUCCAUUGAAUGCCUCAGGGGCACCCAAGGACAGUUUGCUACCGAAUGCGUUGAAAACACUUUUUUAGACUAUCCAGAGUACUUCUUAUAGCCUGCGUAGCACGUGCUUGGAAGUAGUGGGCACAACAUCGGGCACAAGAAAAAAACGGACGCGUGUAGGCGUCUCCUUCUCGCUAGCCUGUUCCAGGCUCUGAGAUAGUCGGGCCCGCUGAAUUGAGAAAGCGCGAACAAAAAAAAAAAACGGGAGGAAACUGGGGAGAGGGGGAGGCGGCGGGAAAAAAACCAGAAGUUACUGCAGUGAAAGGGAAUAGAUUUUCGAGCAAAGUAGAUUUGGCCAGAAAAAGGAAAUUAAAUUAAUCUUUCAAAGAAAAUUUGCUCGUGCAACUGUUCAACCUGCAGCGGGAGUCCAGCAAGCUUAAAAAAAAAUCAUGUAGUCAUAAUCUGAUUUACCGAAUUGUAUCAAUCGUCAGAAAGCACGAACUCGUCUUUUAACCGUUAGAAGUAUCCGAGUUUCACCGCGGUGAAAUGAACAACUUGUACAGCGCAAUUAUUAUAUUACGAGCUGUACCGCAUAACACGAAAAUCUAUAUAUGCUGCAUUGCGUAGAAAUACUUCAGCUAAAUUGAAAAUCACCGUCAAGUAAACAAAUUUGUAAGAAAACGUUCACAUCUAAAACAUAAAAAGAGUUCCCAAAUACAAGCUUUAUGGUAGACUUCUCUGUAUAAACACGCUUAUCUCUGGAUCCACUUUUGUGGAAAGAUCGAAUCGCCCGGGCGAAUCGCACAGCAUCUCACCUUCACAAUCGCGGUUUGCUGUUGUUCACUUUCACUAGAUAAAUCUGUCCUUGAAUCCAUUGCAUCCUCCAGUGAAGAAAUGCCCGCAGAAGGAAUUGAAUUUUCCUUGUCAACCUCCUCGGGUAAUACGCUCACAUCCGCCAAGUCAAGGCAUCUUCGAGACUUCGCCCUUGCUCCAUCCUCACGUGUGCGCUUCGACAGGGGAGAGAACUUCGUGCCUCUACAAUUUGUGGCGGAGCGAUCCAACAACAUCAGCUAAUACUACACUCUCCGUGCCGGUUUACGCCAAUAACUCUUUGUUUUUUACCACAUAGGACACAGAAACACGAGGGACUUUUGAUUCACUACAUGUCAGAGAUUUUUUGCAAAAUCUACAGCUCUUAGAAGAAUGGACUGUGCGAUUCGCAAACUCUGUUUCGGAAGACAUGAAAUUGCUCACGCCGGCGGCCGGGAUAAGGAAUUUUCGCCGCGCGAAAUACUCGCGCGAGAAAUUUGAGAAAGAUUCCAACUCAUUAACACAUCAACAGCUUGACAGCCAAAAGUGGGCAGAAGGAGGGAAGAAGAGGGUCGUAAAAGAAAUGAUUACAGGCUCUCUCUCCCUUCCUUUUCCUUUUUUUCCCGCCCUACCCCCAUUUUCGCGCGCCCUACACUUUCGCGUUUUCCCCACUAUCUGAGAGCCUGGAACAGGCUACCCCAGGGCGCGCCUGCUACGAAGGCUAACUUCUUAAGACUUUACAAAUGCAUUCUAAGUGGCGCUAUAAAAUUUGUAUCUGUUCGGUCAUUCUAGGGAAACUUAAGUCUUUUCGAAAUUGCCAGGGCUUCGGUAUUAUUUCCCCGAAAAUUUUAGAUGCAAUUUAGCGCAUUACGAAAGUGAAAAAAUUUUUUUUGAUUCCUCUGUCCAUCACAUUUUUGAAUCCGAAAAUUUUAGGUUUCUUUUGUACGAAAAAUAUCCUAACCUGGGCAAUGAAUUGUAAAAAAUAAAACUUCAAAAAUCGUAGGGAAUUUAUUAGAUAAACUUCGAAAAUUGUACUUGAAUUGAAUGGUCACCUAGAAAUUAUUUUAAUUUUGUAUUGUACGUUUUCUUUCCUUUGUUAAUCUUAUUUCUUACUUACUUUUCACCCUAUAUCUAAUUCUGUAUUAUCAUCUGCUAUGGUUUGGCGAAACAAAUGAUAUGAUUGUGAAAUGAAAUGAAAAAAAUUAAUAAUUGUGUGUAUAACAGCUUCUAAUAAUGACGGCAAAGCUGCAAUUAUAAUUGUGUUAAGUUAGGUAAAACCACGCGUUAGGUUAACAAACCAGACGUUCAAGACCCUACAAUCAUUUUUAAAAUUAAAGUGCAACACAUUUCAAAAACAAUUAAACGAGGGGCAAAGAAAAAGGAAACGUAGCAAUUAACUAAACAAGUUCUCAUGGUCUAUGCUAAAAGUGACCUAUCUGAAUUAUAUGUGUCUGUACGAAAAUUAUUAAGACGUCGAUUUACCUUGUAUUUAAGGCAUGAUUAGUCUACCAAAUAUUCUUCAAAUAGCAGUUGUCAUUCGUCGAGUUGUAUUUUUGCUCUUCUAGCUAUGUUUUUAGGCAUUUGUAUGGCAAUUUCUUCUUCGAUCCGCAAAUAGUGUGAAAUUUUCCGCCAUUUUUUUUAAUAGCUGAGGCUGAGCUCGUCUCCAGGGCUUCUCGGCGAAUGAGGGUUGAAGAGCAAAUUUUGCUGUACUGGGCAAUAGUUUUUUUGACAUUUUAUCUCUGUCACCAACAAUUAGACCGUGCAAAAUAAAAGAAUCGAUAAAGAGAAAACAACAUAACAGUAAACACAAGCAAUUAGUUGCAAAAUAGACAAUGUCAUGGGUUUGGAAGCCAUGUUGACGAGUUAGGCAACCGCGUGAGAAAUUGCAGUGUUUGUAUGAGAAUCUAAUGAAGGAUAAUUUUAAAAAGGCUCCUCUGAAAAAAAUAUGAAUUGUAAACUAAAGCUACACAGCAAAGGAUUUUACUAACAAAUUUCGGGGACCUUAACUGUGCUUAAAUUUCUCCAGGCGCUUGCUUUAGAUUUUCCAUAUAUUUGUCUGCAAUUUUUCCCGGGAAAUUUUAGUCGGCAGAAAGAAGAAAUUUUUACAUACAAAUCAAUCUCUGAAAGGUUAUAUUCGGUAGCUUUUUACUAAUUAACUGAAGUUAUUUUUUUUCCUUUUCCGCCAAGUAGCUCUAUGAUAUGAAGGAUAAAGAUGCAGCAUUUCAUCCAAGUUCCCAGGCUCUCUCACUCUAUUGCUCUUUUCCUUUCUCUUGAGAACGAGGUUGGGCGCUUAUUUAAACUAAUGCGGAUGGGGGGAGGGGUGGGGGGGGUGGCUUUCAAGCAAGGGUGUCUCAAAUCAAGUGGGACCCUUCCUAAAUUUUCCUCCGCCAUUUUUUUUUCUGGGAAUUGGGUUGACAGGGUUGACGGUUGAGAUAAACCUGACGGCGAAGAAACUUUUGAAGAUCGCUAUAAGAACGACGUGAAGAAUGGCCGGACUUGCUGUUUGUAAAAGUAGGAUUUACAAUUUUAUCUUGUCAGCCAAAAAUACGAAAAAAAAAGGCCAAAUAAACAAGGAUGCAUGACUGAAGCAGCUGUCUUCCAAUGCUUCCCUACUGUGUGGGGUUAUUUGGGUUAAAAUUGUUUAUUAGUUAUUUGGGAAAAAUUAUAGGAGUGGGAAAAGAAGAAGCUUUUCUUCUAAUUUUAUGUCCUUUCUGUUUAUGGAAUCGAAGUGACGGGGUUAAAGCAAUUAAUUACUUGAUAAGCGUAAUAUAUUUGCAAGUUUGACCAAGUGUGGUGCACACCUGUUGGUGAAAUAGAAAAUGGGCGCUGACUUAAUUGGUACCGUUCAUCACCAAUUCUAUUUUAAAAGAUGGACACGUAUAACUUCUACUAAAUGAAAAGCCCUAUUGGACAUAAGUUAAAGAAUUAAAUGCUGGCAAGGUGGUUAUAAUUUUAAUAAGAUGCCAGGUGAAACUAUAAAAAAUAAUAUGCAGUUUCUCUUUGAAGAGAAACAUUUGACAAUAUUGAAAAUUUUAAGAUGGCAAACUCUACUGUCGAUAUGAUGCUUGACGGGUUGGAGAGUGACGAAGAAUCCUCACCUUUCGAGACCUCUGUAAUCAUAAAUAGUGUCCUCAAUGCUCUGCUGAUACCAAUAUGCAUCGCUGGCAAUGUUUUGGUACUAGCCGCCGUAUGGAGAAAUCCAUCCCUACGCACUCCGUCUACCAUUUUGCUGUGCAGUCUUGCUGUUUCUGAUCUUUUUGUUGGGUUUCUCGUUCUUCCAGUUAACAUUGCCAUCGCCCUUACACCGCUUUCUCGGAGCAGUUCUUACUUACGUCUGUCACAAGCAAGGACCUUCCUCAUUAUUCAACUCUGCGGUGUUUCCCUCGACACAAUGACAGCCAUCAGCGUGGAUCGAUAUUUGGCCCUACGAUAUCACAUGCGAUAUCCGAAUUUGAUGACCUUUAAACGUGCAAUGUACGUUGCAGCAACAUUUUGGUGUAAAAACUUCAUUUUAUCACUGCUUAUCAUUUGGAAGAGAAGUGCUAUCUUCUUGUUGGAAUUGUCUUUGUUGCCUUAUGUCUUUUCAUUUCUUCAAUUACUUACAGUGCAAUUUAUCGAAUCGUUCGACACCAUCAACAUCAGAUGCACGCCCAACAGCAAGCCGUACAGAGUAUGA